CAAGAAAGUAAACCUUUCUUCAAAUUAUUCUUCUUUUCUAUUUUUCUAACAUGGUAUCAGAGCUAUAAGCUCUUGGUUCUUCUCUCUUAUCAUCGCUGUUGGGUUUUUUUUUUAGUUGGAUUUUCAAUUCCAUUCCAGAUCUGAAACUUUGUUAUUGGAAUCUCUUUUCUUACAUAUUGGAUUAUUUAUCAUCGAUUCUCAUGCCCUUUCUGAGGUAUUUUGUUGGUUUUUUAUUUCGAUCUUGAUAUCUAUUUCUUCAUAUUUUUAGAGUUUUUCAGUAUUGUGAGUUUACUGAUUCUAUGACGAGUUUUGAAAGGAUUGUAACUCAUCCUGCUACUGCUAUGGUUGCCAAAGAAGUGAUAGAACAACCUAAUGUCAACCUUGAAUCCCUAAAACAGGUGAUAUUAAAUCUUUUUAAUGCUCCUACUACCUUAUCUACUGCUUCAGGUACCAAACCUUGGUAUUUCGAUUCUGGUUGUUGUAACCAUAUGUCUUCAAUUACUGCUUAUUUCUCUUCGGUGUCACCUAAUAAUUCAUUUCCUAAUAUUUAUUCUGCUGAUGGUUCCCGUAUGAGUGUUAGUCACAUUGGCAAUGUUUAUACAAAGUCAUUGACUUUACCAAAUGCCCUUUUAGUUCCAAAACUUAGUUAUAAUCUUCUAUCUGUCGGUCAAUUAUGUGAUUUUGGUCUUGAAGUAACAUUUUCUGCUCAUGGUUGUCGUGUGCAAGACCCACGGACAAGACAACUUCUUGGAAUUGGUCGCAAGGGUACACUGCCACAACAAUCUUGUCCUUAUACUUCUAAACAAAAUGGGCGAGCCGAACACAAACACAGACACAUUCUUGAUUCUGUCCGUGCUCUGUUCAUUUCAUCUUCUUGUCCAGAGAGAUUUUGGGGUGAAGCUGCUCUUACAGCUGUUUAUCUUAUUAAUCACAUUCCAUCAUCAGUCCUUAAUAACCAGUCUCCAUACGAGCGUCUAUAUGGUAUUCUUCCUACUUAUAAUCUUCUUAAGGUUUUUGGUUGUGCAUGUUUUGUUCUUCUUCCACCUCAUGAACAUAACAAGUUAGAACCUAGAGCUCGAUUAUGCUGUUUUUUGGGUUAUGGGAUUACACAAAAAGGAUAUCGUUGUACAGCUGAAGAGCUCUACAAUGCCUCACCACAUGCUCCAACUAGUUCUGUAGAAGAUGAUCUGCCUGCUGGUAUUGCAUUAUAUAAUUUUGAGCCUUCUUCUACUUCCUCGUCUGUAUCACCUGUUGAUUCUACAAAUGAGCUUAUUUUCCCAUCCUCGGGUCAUCCUACUCGGGUAAGAAACCCUCCCAACUACCUUCGUGAUUAUCAUUGUUUUCAUGCUAUUACUUCGUUACAUGAGCCUCAAUCCUAUCAAGAGGCCUCUUUUAACCCUCUUUGGCAACAAGCUAUGCAAGAUGAAUUACAAGCUCUUGAAAACACUCAUACAUGGGAUUUAGUUGAUCUUUCUGCUGAAAAAUCUCUAAUAGGCUGUAAAUGGGUGUACAAGAUCAAAACACGAUCUGAUGGUUCUGUGGAGCGUUAUAAGGCAUGCUUGGUUGCCAAGGGUUUUACACAGGAGUAUGGAAUCAACUAUGAGGAGAAAUUUGCUCCAGUUGCUCAUCUUACAUCUGUGCGUAGUUUGCUUGCUAUUGCUGCUAUGCAGAGAUGGAAAUUGUUUCAGAUGGAUGUGAAAAAUGCUUUUCUUACUGGUGACCUAGAAGAAGAAGUUUAUAUCAAACAACUUCCUGGGCUCAACCAUCCUUCAAACAAGACCGCUCGGGGUAUGGUCCUUUUACUUUUUUAUGUUGAUGACAUGAUUAUUACUGGAGAUGAUGUUGCAGUGACCUCUUCAAGUGAUGGCUACAUGCUUUCUCAAGUAAAGUAUGCCUCCGAUCUUGUUUCUAAAGCUGAACUCAAUGAUGGUAAGAGUGUUUCUACACCUCUUGAACCUAAUGUCAAGCUUACACCUAUGGAUGGCUCUUCACUUUUUGAUCCUACUCGCUAUCAGCAAUUGUUUAUGGCUACUCCUCGCUCCACUCAUUAUGCAACAGUACUUUGCAUUAUUCGCUAUGUUAAGGGAACAUUAUUUCAUGGACUCUAUUUUUCUGCCAACUCCUCUCUUAUGCUUCGCGCUUACUCUGAUGCUGAUUGGGCUGGUGAUCCUUCUGAUCAUAAAUCUACCAUUGGUUACUGUCUUUUCCUUGGUAAUUCUCUUAUCUCUUGGAGGUGGCUUCUUGAAGAUAUGGGCAUUCCUCAAUCUUCUUCUACUGAUUUAUAUUGUGAUAAUCAAAGUGCUAUGCAGAUUGCUCAUAAUGAUGUCUUUUAUGAACGCACUAAACACAUUGAGGUUGAUUGUCACUUUAUUCGCCAUCAUGUUGCACAAGGAACUGUUCAUUUGGUUUUUAUUGGCUCCGCUGAUCAACCGGCAAAUCUCUUUACCAAGGCUCAUUUUCCUGGACUUUCACUCAGAUACUCGUGUAUUCUUACUUUAAAGGACAGUAAAUACUCCAUAUGGCAGAGGGAAAGAUGGAUGAGCAGGAACAUUCAAGAUGGAGAUGAUCCACUUGGAUUUCUUCAAGCAAGCCAGAGAAUCAUUCUGUUGAUGACGUUAAUGCCAACAAUGUGCUUUCUGAGCUUGCCAAAGACAACGAGACUGAUUUGUAAGAGUAGGCACAUAAGAACCAUCGGCCUUACUUCCCAUGCAUUCUACGUAUUCCGUUCAUUCCAUGUAUUCCGCAAGAAAGCUGAAAAUGAGCUUGGAAUUGAUGGUGGUGUUGCUACUGCUGCCUUCACACUGUUUUAUACUCACAAGCAACGGGAGGAGGGAUGGAAAAUCCAUUGGGUGGGCUGGGAUAAGGUGUGUCGAGAUAAGAAGAAUGGAGGUUUAGGUGUUCCUAACCUUAGGAAAAGAAAUUUGUCACUAUUGGAAUUUGGCGGGGUCGGCGGAGAUCAAGAGUUAGCGAUAUGGACUUGUGGUGUGAUGGAGAGUGGAAAUGGAAUCCAAGUUGGAGGAGAAGCCUGCUCAGGAGGGUCAAGAAGAAGAAGAGGCGUUCAAGUGGAUGGAGGAUGCAACAGAUGCCUAAGAUGCCGACCGGAGGCAGAGGACGUUGAUCAUGUUAUAUUCGGAUGUGGUUAUGCAUAUCAAGUGUGGAUGAGAUGCUUGGAAUGGUGGGAAUUCCACGCUGCAAUGCCGAGGUAAAUUCAAGAGGUUUUUACGGAGAUUGUGCUUGGCCAUACAAAGAUCAAGGUGAAAAAAGCCUAGGCCUUUUUAUUUCUAGUUUCUUUUUUCUUUUUUUUUUUAUCAGAGCCUUUUUAUUUCUAGUAAUUGGGUGGUCAUUGUGGAACGUCCGCAACAACUUUGUGUUUUAAGGGGCAGGGCAUAUUAGUGGAUGACUUGUUUGAGGCAAUUCGUGUUCGGUCGUUUUUAUGGUAGAAAGACAGGUCACAAGAUUCUUACAUUCUUUAAUUGAUUGGGAACAAAAUCCAUCUGAUUGUGCUGAAGAAAUUUGAGGAAGUAAAUGAUGUCCUCUGAU